AUGGCUCGGGACGCCAUGCGACGAGGCGCGGUGUCGCCUUCUCCUCUGUCUUCUCCUGCACCUUCGGCAGUGGCUGCGUUCGCUGCCCGCAAGGACGGAUCUUUUCCCUUUGCGUCAGCAUCGGGCCCCUUUCGAGAUGUCGGCGCAUCCAUCACCGCUUCUCACGCCUCGGUCAGCACCCAACAAGCUCAUGCUACACUCUCGCCGCGUCCCAGAUCGCCUGCUCCUUUUCGCAUCGACUCGGCCGACCCUCUGAGCGGCGUGGCGACCACGGUAAACUCCAGACCGCUCAGCGACAACACAGACCGACGCUCGAGUCACGGAUCACAGAACAGCUCAUUGGCUGCUCAGAGCGCUCGUGAAGGAGCCAUAUCCUCGAAGAGAACAUCGAUAUCCGACAAGCUUGCGGAGCGUGCCUUCUAUCGUCGCAUCCUCUUCCAAGAUCUGCCAGCAGCGACGGAAGCACCCAGUAUUACGCAUGACACUGAUCUAGAUCACGAGAUCUACCUGCUACUCGCCUAUCUCUUGCGCGAGACCGUGCUUCCUUGGUAUAGCAAGCUGACGCCAGACCGCGAGUUUCUCACUCAGAUCACCUCGAUCGUCACCUCGAUCAUCCACACAAUCGUCGAACGUCAGACUGCCGGCCAUACCGAUGCAGUCGACGCUGGCAUUCACGCUACCACCUCGGGAUCCGACGCAGAGCUGCCGAGGUUGCAUGACCUGCUCUCUCGGGACAUUCCACUGGUUCUUCGUCAGCAUUGCUCCGACUUCAGACAGGCUCAGGGCAAGGCAGAGAGCGCAUGGGCUCCGCUGGGAACGUCUUCGUCAUCGUCCAUACCAUCCCUCGUUGCGUCACAAUCCGAACAAGAUGAACGCCGGCGUCAACAAGUCUACGAGGAGCUGCCACCAGAACAUCAGCAGGUGCUCUCCUCCACAACGAAGCCCACCUCCCACACUUCGCCGUUGCAAUUGGCACAACAGUUCAUGGCUGCGUCCCCUCACCCUGGACUCGAUCCGAGAACGGGCUCACUCGACGGCAAGAUUGACCCAGCAUAUCUUCGCAUCGCCGUAGUCAACCUUCUCUCGUCGCUGCUGCCCGCAGACGAAUACGCGCCGGACACGGAAAAGUUCAUUGUGCGCGAUGUGCUCGUGACUGUCCUCCGAGGAGCGCUUGCUCGGUCCUUCCGGCCCUGGUUCUUUGUGCAGAGUCUACACAAGGCUCUGGACGCAGCUGGCUGGGCGAGCGAUCUUUCUUUGGCGUUCGUGCCAUCGGUCAACGACAAUCCUGGCUCGUCAGCUGCCGCGACUCGUCAACGCAGCGCAGUAGACAGCGUCGUCUCGCUCGCCAUAGGUCUGCUGACUCGGUUGCCAGCUCUUCUUCUGCAAGCAUGGACAUUUUUGGUCUUGACUGCGAUUCCUUUUCUGGUGCGUGCCUACUUUGACCUGUUCAACGUGCAGCGCGCUCGCAAGAGGCGGACGCAACAUCAGCGUGGUCAGUCUCAGCUCGACGACAUUAGCAGCCUCAAGCGUUCCCCCAGCCUCAGAUCUACUUUGCCAUCGUCACGGUCCACAGGCAGCUUGGUCGAGCGCAAGAUGCACGGCCGGUAUCCGUCGCGCAAAUUCCAGUUCAGUCUCGAGGACUUGGCCCAAGACCAGGCACACUCGUCAGCCAUCAACGCCGACUCGAAUUACACUCCUGCCGAGCCCCCGAACGGCCAAAUGGAGGAUAGACCAGCGUCAGACGGACAGGGAGCGGCUGACGAGGCAGGCCUUGCGCCAGACUACGUCGGCAACUGGCUCGAGGCGAUGGAAGCGAUGCUCCAAGUCGACUCGCGCCUGCUGUUGAGGACGCUGUUUGGUCUCGCUCGGACGAUAUUGGGAACGACCGGGCUAGGCGAGUCGGUGAACCGCAUGACAGCGCGCAGGAUCAACGCCGAGCUCAAAGAUACAGCCAAGCUUGCACGAAUGGUGCGCGAACUCCGCGGGACCCUGCUGCCGAAUGGCCAUCUUCCGCCGUCGGUGCCUGAUCCCGAUGUGGAGACGCAGGAAGCCGAAUGGAUCCGCCUUCGCUUACGACUCACUUGUUCCACAGCACGUGAUGGUCAAGAGCCGAUCGCACUGUGGCUGGCGAAGAAGGUGCUGCUUGGAAGUGCCGAUGACGGACUGCACCGAGGCGGCUCGGGAGCAUGCAUGGAAGAAGCGCAAAUCCAAGUUGGGCGGCUCACGACCUGGCUGGAGCCGUUCUGCUCACCACAGGCUGCAGGGCCCAACACGCUGCUGGCCAUCUUGCUGUUCGAGCGCGUCGUGGUGGCAAUCUCUCCGGACCUGACAUUGGCCUGA